AUGCUUCCGCUUCUCAAUUCCGCGGCCGAGGCCAUCGGAAACACGCCCCUCGUGCGUUUAGAUGGCAUCACCUCUUCAUUGGGGCUUGACGGGACCAUCAUCGCCAAGUUGGACUACCUCAACCCCGGCGGAUCGAAAAAAGAUCGCGUCGCACUCGGCAUUAUCGAAGAAGCAGAGAGACUGGGUACUCUCAAGCCCGGACAGCCUGUCGUCGAACUCACAAGUGGCAACACAGGCACUGGGCUUUCAAUUGUAUGUGCCAUUAAAGGCUACCCGUUCAUUGCAGUUAUGUCUCGAGGUAACUCCGUUGAACGUGCCCGUAUGAUGUCCGCUCUAGGCGCUGAGGUUAUCCUCGUUGAUCAAAUGCCCGGCUCAACACUCGGUCAAGUCUCUGGAGCUGAUCUAAAGCUAGUGGAGGAGGAAGUGAAAGAACUUGAGAUUGAGCGCGGAGCUUUUCGCGCGGACCAGUUUCUUCGUGAUGGGAAUUGGAUGGCUCAUUUUGACGGGACUGGAGCGGAGAUUUGGGAACAAACAAACGGGUGUCUUGAUGGGUUUGUGGACUUUGUUGGUUCUGGUGGUACCUAUGCUGGUGUAUCUAGGAAGCUUAAAGCUAUGAAUCCUGAGGUGAAAUGCUUUAUUGUUGAGCCGGAUGGAGCUGCUGUCUUAGCCAACAAGGAAGUUUCGCAGCCAGAACAUCCUAUUCAGGGAGGUGGGUAUAUGAUGCCUGAUUUGGUUUAUCUUAAGGAUGGUGCUGUUGCUGUUGAUGGUUAUCUACAGGUAACGGGUGAUCAGGCUAGAGAAGGAGCUCGCCUUUUAGCAGGCAAAGAGGGUAUCUUUGGGGGUUUUUCUAGUGGUGCAAAUUUGAGCGCUGCAAUUGAGCUGCUCAAAGGGGAGAUGAAAGGGAAAACGAUCGCAAUCAUGAUUUGUGAUUCUGGUCUUAAGUAUUUGUCGACGGAUCUUUGGGCAGAAACAUGA